AUGUCCUCCAAAAUGUCAUCAUCAUCAGAAGACAGCCUCUCAACCCUCUGGGAAACAGCCUGCACCAGCUAUGUCCAAGAGACCGGCACCGCGCUGACAUCCCCCGACUUCCCCAAGCUCAACACACCUUCCGACCUCUCCAGCCACCUUGAGUCAGAGAAGGAGCAUUUCACGGACUUCCGAAUGAAAAAGCGCCCCCUUUUCCACGCUAUGCAAACAAUCCUAUCUCCCUUUGAGAACUUUGGUGAUCUAAUUUCCGGCGCUGUCUCGAUGGCUUUUCCACCUGCGUCGACAAUCAUGGGCGCAAUGCUCCUUCUCAUCCGCGCUGCACGAAGAGUCAGCGAUGCUUUUGACAGCAUUAAUGCCCUUUUCCAGAAACUAGGGUAUUUUGCGCAGCGGUUAGAUUCCUACCGUGGCGUCCCGCUGAGUGAGGGGAUGAAGGCCGUUAUUGUGAAAGUUCUUGUUACUUUUCUGCAUGUCUGCGGCGUAUCGCAGAGCCUGCUCAGCCGGGGCUCAUUCAGGGCGCGGUUCGCAAGAAUGGCGAAGAAUGUCCUUGUUGAGGAUUCCUCGGUUCAGGCGCUCCUGGCUGAAUUGGAGGAGUUGACGGGACAGGAACAUAAGAUGGUUUCUGCACAUAGUUUGAAUCUUACCAGUCAAGCUUUGAAGAAUACCGCGGUGUUGCUUGAGAAAAGUAAGCUGGAGGAUGAGAGGGAGAGGAUGGACAGGUUGAAGGCGCUGUUAGGGCCUGUUUCUGCUUCGGGGCAAGUUUUCUCGGCUAUCAGCGAGGGUCGGAUUCCAGGGUCGGGGAGGUGGGUUGAGGAGAGAAUUAGGGAGUGGUGGGAUGGGAACGAGCCUUUGCUUUGGAUCCAUGGUGGUCCUGGCGUUGGGAAAUCGUAUCUGGCGUCGAAGAUUAUCGGUGAUCUUGCGCAAGAAGAAGACGCUGUCGUUGCAUCUUUCUUCUGCAAGAAUAAUGAUGUUGAUUUGCGCUCGUUUAACAAAGCUUUGCGAACCUUGGCAUGGCAGGUGGCUGUACAGCGGUCGACAUUCGCGGUCCAUGCUGAGGAGUUUUGUUUGAAGGGAGAUCCGGGCAACAGUUAUGUUGUUUGGAGGAAGCUCUUGCUCGAUUAUUUUGAGGCAUCAUCGGACGAUGGAGUUUGCUUUGUCAUUGACGGCAUCGACGAGGCCGAUCCAGACGAGCAAGAGCUGUUUUUCAGCCUGCUUGAGAGGACACACUCGGAUGGAAUGGAAAGACAGCCACCAGUACGAGUCGUCCUUUUAGGCAGGGAUUCAGUACGCAGCAUUCUUGACGAACACUCGCUAGGACUGAUAGAUGACAUUGAAAUCACCAACAACCAAAACAAGGAUGAUCUGCACAGUUACGUCUCUCAGAAGCUCCAAAAGUCCAAGCUGUUCCGCGAUGCUUCAGACUUCCAAGACGAAGUCGUCCGAGAUAUAUGCACACAAGCAGAGGGCCUCUGGGAAUGGGCCAACCUUGUCAUAAAAAAUGUACUGCGCUGCAGAACAAGAGAACAGAUCCGCAAAGUCGUCAAAACCAUGCCUAAAGGAAUCAGCGCGAUGCUGCGUGAGGAACUGCAGCGGCUCACGAGGGAGCUAUCAGCAUCAGAUACAAUGUCUGGUGAAGAAGGGUUCCAGCUUCAACAGUUAAACACCAUACUCUCCUUCGUGACACUGGCUCAGAGACCUCUGACUGUACAGCAUCUUGAUCUCAUUUUGGAGAUCCUCCUCGGAGAAGAGGUCCUGAACCUCGAAGAUGAUCUUCGCACAGUAUACUCGUCGCUGUUUUCGCUGCGACUGCCCGUGGACGGGGAAGAUGAAUACGACAGGUCUGCAGUUGUCACGCUUCGGCAUAGUUCCUUUUAUGAAUUCUUCGAAUCAUCGUCUAUAGAUGCUGGGCGCGUUCAUGUCAACCACGAUCAAGCCGGUGCGACUUUUUUGUUCGUUAUGCUGUAUGCUCUCGCAAAGUCUGACGCGCCAAGUUCCUAUAAGUUCCUAGGGCCUCUCAAAGUAUACGCACAGACGUGCCUCCCCUUGCAUCUCAGGUCAGCGGAUCCAAAGCAAGUUGCCACGGGUCGACGAGAAGAUAUCUCGUCUCUCCUUGCUGAUCUCUUAACCGAUGAAUCAUUACUCAAGAACUGGAUCAUUAACGAAACCUUCAUCCGGUUCUCAGCAAGCCACAACUUCCACUCAUCCAGUAAUAUCUCAAAACUUGGCCAUUUUUGGUGGAACAGUGGCGAUCGGCAUACCGCAAACCAGGUGGCAGAGAUGGUUCUCGAUUGGCUUACUCCUGAUAAGCGGAGAGCUUUUGAAGAAACAGCAGGCGAUAAUGCAUGUCCCUUUGCAGUCCUGUUCUCGUCCAUGGCACGAUUCUGCUCACGUCUUUGGCUGGGCCCAGAGGAUAUCAGCGAUAAGGAUGGGCUCCCAGAGGCGCUCUGCACCCUGCUGUUUGCUUAUACUGAGAUAACGGCUACGUACACGGACUCCGAAACAUCGGACAAACUAACAGACAUUACAACCCACCUACGCAGUGGCGAGAUCAUACACACCGCCGAGUUGCAAGGCUUGCACAAGACAGCCAUGUGGCACGCCCGUGUCGCGCAGGCACUGCUCCAGCAUUAUCACUUCCAAGAUGCCCGGAAGCACUUUCAGCUUGCUCUCGAUGAGCACGAUAAAGCACCUGCCUUAAGCAAGCAAUCUCUCUCUGUCAUCCACAACGACAUGGCGCGUGCAUGUAGCGAGAUCGGGAGACACAAGGAGGCAUUAGAGCACUUUGAUCUCGUCGUGUCGCUGAGCAACGAUCCAGAGGGUCCUGGGUAUGGCUUGCAUGGUCAUAUAGGAAAUCUGCUAGAUGCCGCACACAUGGAACACCGUGCCAAACUGACCAAGAAAGCUAUUUCUACUGCGCAUAGAGCUUGGAAAGAAUUCACAGGAGCUGAACAUAGAGACCUCAUCUAUUCAGGUCUUCUGCUCUCAUUUUUCGUCAUUUUCCGUGAACUGCGUCAGCCGCAUUGGUUCCGGCCUGCGUUGGAUUUUGCCUCUGAUGUUUCCCAGGACAUGCAGGCAGUGCAGAUUGCAGGGAUGGAAGCGAGUAAUUUUGCAAUGUUUCUUGUUGACUCAUUUGCUUUUGAAAGUCGCGUCAUGCAUAGUGCUCUUCACUAUGCCCUCACAACGGAAGACACGGAGCAUCUCGUCCUCAUCGCCUCGAUCCCGGGGAAACUCGAAAACUCAGCGCCUGACUGGGUCAACCUCGCAGAGCUGAAGUUCUGGAUUGCGUCCGUAUUAUUCGAAAAGGGCCAUCUCCGCGACGCUAUUCAGAGUUGGUGCCAGAUUGCCGCUUCAUCAGACGUACCCCAUCACUGGUGGAUCAAACCGGUUCAGACGCGAUCAUUGAGUCGCUUGGCGGCUGUGUGUCUUUAUUACCCAGAGAUUUCCUUCUGCGGAGAUGCUCCUCUGGUAUUACCUGAGGACGAUGUUAGCGAGGUUUCUUUGAUCGUCUCGAGCUGGCUGAGUGCUAGCGGUGAUAUUUUCCAUGCCCGAAAACUUCUCAGUGAAGCCGUGAGAAGAUGCAUCGCUUUGUUAUCAGAUGAUGAUCCCGCAAAUGACAUUGAUGCUUUUGUGAUGCUUUUCAAGGUGUUCUUACUUGCCAUGGACAGUGACGACGAUCUUCGCGCGGCUUUAUACCUGAUCAAGGCGUGGAACAAGGGAUCUGAUGACGCGGAACUGAGACAUAAUACGGAAGAAGAAGUCCAACAUGAUCUGUCCAGCUCGUUGGAUCGAACGCGUCUCGCGGAUGAUGAGACCCAAGUAGAGGAUCAAAAUCCGGAUGAUGACCAGACACGGACGGAUGAUACCUGGCGCAUCGUGGACACUCUCUCCGAAUGUUCAACCUGCAAGCAUGAGAUCAUCUCAAUCAACGAAUGGUACUUCUGUCGUUCCUGUCCGUUGACUGCUCUAUGUCGACCUUGCUACUGCGAUCUCCAGUCAAGUUCAGAUACCACGCUAGAUCAUCCUCAUGGCAUAACGGGCAAGUGCAAUCCUCAACACCAGUUCUUCUAUAGCGGGCCGGCCCUUCGACAGGCUGAAUAUGUGCCAAAAGGCAUGGUACCUAUGGUUGGUUCAGGUGGCCAAAGACACGUGGUAUGGAUUGAGGAAUGGAUGGAUACGCUUUUGGAGAAGUGGACGUACACAGACACAGAGACGGCGGAUUCUAGUGACGGUGGGCUGCCGAGUUGGUGUAUGGAGGUAUUGCCCCAGGCGCAGAGGGAUCGAUGGGAGAAGUUCUUCAUGGUAUAA